AACAAGAAAAUUCUCGCCCGUUCCGCAAGAAGAAAGAAAGAAAUCCCAGUUCCUCCAAAAGUACGAUGUUACUGAUCUCGUCAAUACAGUAUAGAAUUGCCCGCCUGUACAACAAGUCGUGAUUCACAGAGCGAUCGGAUCGAAACCGCGUCCCCAUCCUCAACACCAGUGAGCUUUCUUUUGCUCUCUAUAAUUCCGAAACCAGAACGCCAAUCUCACACCACAGUUGUUUUCUUCGCAGCUCGACGAAGCAAAAUAGCCGCUAUUGGUUUCGCGAAUCCCCGAGGGCACUCGCCUCACCCUAUCGGUCCUCCCCAAAAGGCUUCUUGAUGUGUUCCAAUGUUCCGGUGAGAGACAGUGGGAUCGAAUUCUUUGAUCUCUGUUUGUAAUCUGAAUAUGGCGUGGUUUGGUGGGAGAGUCUCAUUGGGGAACUUCCCGGAUCUCGCUGGGGCGGUGAAUAAGCUACAGGAGAGUGUGAAGAACAUUGAGAAGAACUUCGACAACGCUCUCGGUCUAGAAGAGAAGGCGGAGAAAUCCGAAUCCAGUAAUGAAGCAUCAGGUUUGUGGGCUUCUGCCACUGACAGGAAAGCACUAUUUGAUCCUGUCAUGGCCCUUAUGGGGCAUAAAAGUGAGGAAAGUACUGAUGAAUCGUCGUUAGAGCUGGAAUCUUCGCAUCAUCCCACUGCAGUGGAGAAACCAUCUGGAGAACCUGGAUCUCCGCAGCAUAUAACUAACAUAGAGGAAAAAGAUGGAACAGAAUUUGAAACUGACAAAUCUCUGCAUUCUGCAGUUGAACAAGCCACAGCAGAAGAAGAAAAUGAAAUCCGUAACGUAGAGAAAGAUGCUGAGCACACAGAGACGGCCGAGAAGACAAAUAAUGUGACUGCAAACCCUGACCUAGCUGAAUCUGUAUCAACAGCUAUGCCUGGCAUACAACUGGAACCCAACAGUCAAUUUGUUGAGACAUUGGAGUAUGUUGCCAAUCUACAAGAGAAAGAGAGUUCAGAAGUGGCACCCUCAAACAGUUCAGACUUGGUGCCAGCCAAGUCAGGUGCCAUUGAAGUUGAUCAAGUGGGGAGUCUUACAAUUUUGCCGGGUGAGUCACACAAUGUAGUUGAUAUGAGUGAAAGCCUGGAUGAACAGGAUACAAAAGUAGAGAGCAUGGACAAACAGAAGUCACUAGCAGAAGAGAUUGCAGAGACAAUUGCUUCAGUUCAAGUUGAGGCAUCAAGUGAUAUCCAUGCUGGAGGUGAAACUGAGCCCUCUGUUCCACAUUUUGUUAGCACUGAGGAAACUAAUCGAGCUGGAGAAUCUUCUAUCCAUCGUUUGCCAAGUGCACUUGCUUUGGAUGAGGCUACACCAAUGAUGUCUAAACCAGUUUCUCCCAAAAAUCAUGUAAUUGUCGAAAGAUUUGAAGGGGAUCAGAAAAUGAGAAAUGCCGAGGCUGACAUUAGAGAGCAACAGUUGAGUUUUGGAACAAAUCCAUCCGAGUCGUCAGAUACUAUGCUCGAAUUGGAGAAGGUGAAGAGGGAGAUGAAAAUGAUGGAAAAUGCAUUGCAAGGUGCCGCGAGACAGGCUCAGGCAAAAGCUGAUGAGAUUGCAAAGCUGAUGAAUGAUAAUGAACAACUAAAAGCUGCGAUUGAGGAUUUGAAGAGAAAAUCCAAUGAUGCAGAAAUUGAGUCUCUACGAGAGGAAUACCAUCAGAGGGUUGCAAAUCUUGAAAGGAAGGUUUAUGCUCUGACUAAGGAAAGGGAUACGCUGAGGAGAGAGCAGAAUAAAAAAAGUGAUGCAGCAGUUCUUCUGAAAGAAAAAGAUGAAAUUAUUAGUCAGGUUAUGGCUGAAGGCGAAGAGCUUUCAAAGAAGCAGGCUGCUCAAGAAUCUCAGAUUAGGAAAUUAAGGGCUCAGAUUAGAGAGCUUGAAGAAGAGAAGAAGGGGCUGAGUACUAAACUUCAGGUAGAAGAAAAUAAAGUAGAGAGCAUCAAGAAGGACAAGACAGCUACAGAGCAGUUGCUGCAAGAAACAAUAGAAAAACAUCAAACAGAACUUGCAGCACAGAAAGAAUAUUAUACAAAUGCUUUGAAUGCUGCAAAGGAGGCUGAAACAUUAGCAGAGGUACGUGCCAACAAUGAAGCAAGAACUGAACUAGAGAGUCAAUUGAGGGAGGCCCAGGAACGUGAAGCUAUGCUAGUUCAGGCACUUGAAGAAUUAAGGCAAACACUAAGUAGAAAGGAGCAGCAGGCAGUGUUUAGAGAAGACAUGCUUCGCAGGGACAUUGAAGAUCUUCAAAAACGUUACCAAGCAAGUGAGCGCCGGUGUGAGGAGUUGAUAACCCAAGUUCCGGAAUCUACAAGGCCUCUUUUAAGGCAGAUCGAAGCUAUGCAGGAAACAACUGCCAGAAGGGCAGAAGCCUGGGCUGCUGUUGAGAGGUCCCUUAGUUCUCGACUCCAGGAAGCAGAGGCCAAAGCUGCAGCUGCUGAGGAAAGAGAGCGAUCUGUGAAUGAACGCUUAUCUCAAACCUUAUCUCGAAUUAAUGUUCUUGAGGCUCAGAUUUCUUGUCUUAGAACGGAACAGAUGCAGUUAAGUAGAUCCCUUGAGAAGGAGAGACAAAGAGCAGCUGAGAAUAGGCAGGAGUACCUUGCAGCCAAGGAGGAAGCUCAAACUCAGGAAGGUCGUGCAAGCCAGCUUGAAGAAGAAAUUAAGGAACUCAGGCAGAAACACAAGCAAGAGUUGCAAGAUGCACUGAUGCACAGGGAACUGCUACAGCAGGAGGUAGAAAAGGAGAAAGCUGCUCGGUUGGAUUUGGAAAGGACAGCUCAUGUCCAUUCCGCUGCCACAUCUGCUCAAACUCCCAUAACGAAGCCCAAUUCUGCUUAUGAGAAUGGGAACUUGACCCGAAAGAUUUCAAGUGCUAGCAGCCUAGGUAGCAUGGAGGAAAGCUAUUUCCUUCAAGCGUCUUUGGACUCAUCUGAUAGUCUCUCUGAGAGGAGAAAUGCUGGAGAGUCAACCAUGAGUCCAUUCUAUAUGAAGAGCAUGACGCCAAGUGCCUUUGAAGCUGCUCUUCGUCAGAAGGAGGGUGAGCUUGCUUCAUACAUGUCUCGUUUGGCAUCGCUGGAAUCUAUUCGUGAUUCCCUUGCUGAGGAGUUGGUCAAAAUGACAGGACAGUGUGAAAAGUUACAGGCUGAGGCUUCCAUGCUGCCUGGCAUUCGGGUAGAGCUGGAAGCAUUAAGGAGGAGACACUCUGCUGCCCUGGAGCUAAUGGGUGAACGUGAUGAGGAGCUGGAAGAACUUCGUGCAGAUAUUGUAGAUUUGAAGGAGAUGUACAGGGAGCAAGUAAACUUACUCGUGAAUAAGAUCCAGACAAUGGGCUCAUAAACGGGUUCUGCCUGAUUGGUAGUGGACUUCACCAGUUGGCCAUGAUGUUUGUGGUAUAGUUUUAUGGUAAAGUUAAGGGAAUUGGUCUUCAGAUAAUUUUUCCUUUAUAUUCCAUUCGUUUUAGCUUUGCACCCUUGUUCAAGUGUUUUGGCAGCAGAUAUACAAAAGUCAUGCCCGUGUUAAAAUUAAUAUGUAUUGUAAUUUUGGCGAAAAGUUGUAUAGCCCGAAUUUUAGUGCACACUGUCGAGCUUUGAAGAAGAUUUUUACAUUUCUAGGAUUAUUUAAGGCAUUUAAACCAUGUUUUUCGUCAUGAAGAAGAUGGGAGAAAAAUGAUGUUGCCUUCCA